AACUACAUGUAAGACGGCCAUCUCUUGAGAAGCAAAGGGGACAUAGUAGCAGGGAAGGAAGCUGAGGUUAAAGGUAUAAUCUACGCUCAACUAGAUUGGCAAAAGCUGGUUGUAUUGUGAACCAGUCAGCAGUUCACUGCAGCCAGGUUCUGCUAUCAAAACAGGACAUACCGUUUCCUCCCAUGUGUACCACAGCAUAAUGCAAAUCUACAACUUAGCAUUUGGUAUUUCACCUCUUUCUGGUGAUGAAGAGUUUCUUCUGGUUUCCUAAGUUCUUCAUGACCUAUUUAAGUUUACCAAACACUUCGGUUUGUGUACCAUAAGUAGUUCUUUCUGUCACGUAAAUGAAAGAAAGAAAGAAAACAUGUGAAACAAGGGAUGUUCUUUAAGUUUAAAUAGAAGAUUGGUCAGAAGUGGGGAAGUGCAACAACAGCAAGGAACUUGUGUAAAAAUAAAAGUGGCUGCGCAGACAGAUUUCCUCAAUCUUGAUGUCUGGAUUGAGAAAACUGACACAGACGUACAAACCAUCUGAAAAUCAUGAAGAGGAGUUUGGUUCUUGCUGUUGUCCUCGCUCUGGAAGUGGUUUUUCAGACUGAAGCCAUGUCUGUAACAGGAACUGAGGGGGGAUCAGUCAAAAUAACAUGCUCUCAUUCUUAUGCCACCACCAAUGUCAAAUAUUUCUGCAAAGGAGCGUGCAGUGAAGCAGACGUCCUGACAAAAAGCAGGCCCAUGCGGCAAGAGGGGAAGUACUCUAUAGAAGAUAAAGGGAACACAUUCUAUGUAACAAUAUCAAAACUGGAAAAGGGCGACGAAGGAGUUUACUGGUGUGGCGUUGAGAGAGUUGGAGUGGACACGUACGACAAAGUGACCCUCUCUGUAGAAGAAGAGAAUCCAGGAAGCAGCCUGAAGACGCCGGAUUCUAAUAAGAUGGUGUAUCUUGGAACAGGUCUUGGUGUGGCGGUGCUGGCUCUGGCGACCGUCCUGCUGUCGUUCUUCAGACUCAGAAGAAGAGACGUCAGCACGUCUCAAGGAAAAAAUGAUGGCGUUACAUAUUCGAAGCCCUCGAUCCAGAAGAAAUCCCAACAUGCCAACGCCGCUUCGUCAGUCAGUGAGGAGAAAGGAGCAGGUUUCAGGAUCAACGCGGAUCAGCCGGAGGUUCUGUACUCCAACAUCCGUUCAGGGCCUCAGGUCCAGUCAGACGACCUCUGCUAUUCCACCAUCAGCUUCAGCGAACAGCCAGCCUGCAGCGCUGCCUCUCCUCAAAACGAACUAACCACAUACUCAUUUGUUAAAUCCAAACCUGCAGGCUCGGCCAGCUGAACAGCUUUAAUGUUCAAAUAUAAGUUUUUACAUCUUUGACUGAGAAAAUUAUAUCUAGUGAUUAUAGCAGAUGUUUUUAAGUUUAUCCUUGUGUUUUGUUUUGUGUCCUAUAGAUCAAAAUGUGAUCGAUAGGCUCAGUUGUCAGCUGUGUUUUUUCUUUAAAUUAUCAUUAAUUAUUUCAAAUGCACAGCACAAAAAGAUACAAAAAUGUA